AUGGAAGAUUGUUUAUUUGAAAUAAAAGGAGCAGGGUAAAAAUUAUAGUUAAAAAUAAGUUCAUAGUAUACAAUUCAAAAAUAAAUUGAAAAUGAUGUUUAGAGUGAAGAUUAAAAUAUAGUAAUUAAUGAUAAUGAUAAUAAUGAUGAAUUGAUGCCUCUAUUUAAAGUGAAUGUAGUUGGAGUUUAGAGAAUUUUGGAAACAAUUAAAUCUAAUAUUGUUAAAAUAGAAGAACUAAAAAAGGAAUAUAUAAGUGCAACUAAAACAGAUGCGGAAAAAGGUUAAUAAAUUAAAUAAUAUAAAAGAUGUAAGCAUGAAAUUGGAUAAGAUAAUAUAAUAAAAUAAUCAGCAAUAAGAUAGAAUGAAAAGAUUAAUGGAAUAAAUAGCUUAGGAUGUAGAAGAGGCUAAAGAAAAAGAACCAAAUGAACCAGAAACAAGAAUGAAAAUGGAUAUUUGGGGAGCAGUAAAUUUAAAAGCGUAGACUGUAUUAUAAGAGAGCCAAAAAGUUCAGUUAGAUUUCAAAAAUAGCAUGAGAAAUAAAAUAAAAAGAUAAGCAGGUUGUUUAGAUUCUAAUCUAAAUGAAGAAUAAGUUGAAGAACUGUGUGAAGAUCCAAAUGUAUUAAUUAUUUGAUAUGUAGAAAUUAUAAGAAUUAUUACAAAAGAAAAUCUACGGAUAAGCAUCGAUUUAAUUAUAAAAUGCAGUUCAAGAUAUCUAAGAUAAAUAUUAAGACAUACUUAAAUUAGAGAGAGUAUAAAUAUAUAAUUAUAUUUUAAGAGUGUUUAAUAGGUGUAUUAACUCUUUGCAGAUAUGGCAGUUUUAGUCAAGAACCAAGGAGAAUUGAUUGAUAAUAUUGAAUAAAAUAUGAUAAAAGCAAAAGAUUAUGUUAAAAAAGGAGAGGCUUAGUAAGCUAAAGCAAAAAAGGCUCAUUAAGCUGCAAGAAAGGUAUAUGCUUUAUUUGAAAAUAGAAAAUGUGCUGUAUAAUCAUGAUUGGUUUGGUUCUGAUUUUAGUUAUAGUUGGUCCGAUAAUGGGAACUUCUUUAUGAAUUCAAUAUAUAAUAUGUAUCUCUAUAAGGUUUAUUUAUAUUAAUAUAAAA